AUGGUAACCACCACCAUCCCUCAACCCCCAAACACCCAAAUCCAAAGCGUUCUCAUUGUCGGUAACUACUGCCACGAUGUCCUUCUCCAAGGGGGCGCCUUCGUCGCCGAAACCCUCGGCGGAGCCGCCACUUUCAUCUCCAACGUCUUUAGCGCUCUCUUCGUUUCUUUCCAUCUAACAUCGAAAGUCGGCUUCGAUUUUAGAUACCCGGUUAAUCACGACCCCAUCGUGAUCCCCACCUCUAAAACCACCGUUUUCCACGCCUAUUUCGAUCAGGGCCAUUCCGAGAAUGCUCAUCAAGAUCGGGUCUUGAAACGGGUCGAGGUUUGCGAUCCGAUUAAUUCGUCUGAUCUGCCCGACAAAAGGUUCGUUUUCGGAAUGGCGGUUGGGGUCGGCGGGGAGAUAUUGCCCGCAACGCUGGAAAAGAUGGUUGCAAUAUGCGACGCCGUCUUCGUCGAUGUUUAA